AUGAGUACUGAAAUUAAACAAUCUAAUUUCGCCAUCGAUUUCCUAAUGGGUGGUGUUUCUGCCGCUGUUGCAAAGACUGCUGCUUCUCCAAUUGAAAGAGUUAAAUUAUUAAUUCAAAAUCAAGAUGAAAUGAUUAAGCAAGGUACUUUAGAUACUAAAUAUGGUGGUAUUGUUGAUUGUUUUAAGAGAACUGCUCAACAAGAAGGUAUUAUCUCUUUCUGGAGAGGUAAUACAGCUAAUGUUAUUAGAUAUUUCCCAACUCAAGCUUUGAAUUUCGCAUUUAAGGAUAAAAUUAAGGCUAUGUUUGGUUUUAAGAAAGAAGAAGGUUACGCUAAAUGGUUUGCUGGUAAUUUAGCAUCUGGUGGUGCUGCGGGUGGUCUAUCUCUAUUGUUUGUUUAUUCUUUAGAUUACGCUAGAACUAGAUUAGCUGCUGACGCUAAAUCUUCAAAGAAAGGUGGUGAAAGACAAUUUAAUGGUUUAGUCGAUGUUUAUAAGAAGACUAUUAAAUCUGAUGGUUUCGCAGGUCUAUACAGAGGUUUCUUACCAUCUGUUGUUGGUAUUGUUGUUUACAGAGGUUUAUAUUUCGGUUUAUAUGAUACUUUGAAACCAUUAUUAUUAACUGGUUCUCUAGAAGGUUCUUUCUUGGCUUCUUUCCUAUUAGGUUGGGUUGUUACUACUGGUGCUUCUACUUGUUCUUACCCAUUAGAUACCGUUAGAAGAAGAAUGAUGAUGACUUCUGGUCAAGCUGUUAAAUAUGACGGUGCCUUUGAUUGUUUCAGAAAGAUUGUUGCCGCUGAAGGUGUCGGUUCUCUAUUCAAGGGUUGUGGUGCUAAUAUCUUAAGAGGUGUCGCCGGUGCCGGUGUUAUUUCCAUGUACGAUCAAUUGCAAAUGAUCCUAUUUGGUAAGAAGUUCAAAUAG